AUGUCUUCUGCCUUGACUGAAGAUGAUGAAGAUGAAGAAUCAUUAUCAGCAGAAGUUUUUCUCUGCGUGCUUGUUCAAAAUGGACAAGUGGGACUCAGUUACUAUGACAGUAAAGACUGCACUUUGCACUGCAUGCCCGACACUGUGGACAACCAUGAGCUGCAGUUAUUGGACAGAGUGGUACGUGACAUUUGUCCCCAUGUCAUGAUCACCAGUGCAAAGCAGGAUCGUAGCAUGGUCCAGUUCAUCAGAGGACUAAAGUCAAACCCAGAGUUUAAGCCAGAGAUUGUUUUGUACCCUAAUUCUGACUUUGGGCUGGACAUCAGUAAGCAGAGACUGCUGUCUGCUCACCUGCCUUUCCUCCCGCCCCUAAUCACAGAAAAAGACAGAAUCACUUACCUCUCCUCUUGCAUAUCAUAUGAAUCACUCCUAAUGCUGCGGACUCUAGGAGCUCUUCUGAAAUGUCUAGAUAAGAGGAGAGUUGGAGUGGAGCUGGAGGAGAGUGAUGUAGGGGUACCCAUAUUACAGAUCCUUACAUAUACACUGAAUGAUGUGGUAUAUAUUGACAGAGACACAUACAGUGUUCUCCAGAUAUUCAAAUCUGAACUGCACCCAUCUGUGUAUAAGCAGCAGACUGGAGAGAAGGAGGGCCUGAGUCUUUAUGCGAUUCUGAAUCGGUGUCGCUGUAGGUUUGGCUCCAGACUUCUGAGGCAGUGGUUUCUGCGGCCCACCAGAGACCUGGCUGUGUUGAAGAGGCGACAGGAGGUUGUGCGUUUCUUUACGUCUCCUCGUAACUCUGACUAUGUCAACACUCUGCAGGGCUGCCUUCGCAACAUCAGGAACAUUCCGACAAUGCUGCGCAGAAUGAGUCUCUCUCAUACUAAAGUUAAUGACUGGAAGUGUCUGUAUAAGACAGUGUAUAGUGCGGUGUGUAUCAGAGAAACAGUGCGGUCUCUACCCCAGACCGUCCGGCUCUUUCAGGAGAUCAGUGAAGAGUUCACAGAUGAUCUCAACUAUAUCGCCAUGCUCAUCAGCAAAGUGGUGGACUUUGAGAACAGUUUAUCAGAAAACCGAUUCACUGUCAAACCCAACGUUGACCCUGCCAUUGAUGAGAAGAAGAGGAAGAUGAUGGGUCUGCCUGACUUUCUGACGGAUGUUGCUCGCAGUGAAUUGGAGAAACUGGACCCAUGCAUCCCCUCCUGCUGUGUCAUCUACAUCCCCCUGAUUGGGUUUCUGCUCUCGGUGCCCCAGCUGCCCAGCAUGGUGGAAAAAGAGGACUUUGAGAUCGAUGGGCUUGACUUCAUGUUUCUGUCGGAGAAGAGGCUGCACUAUCGCAGUGCUAGAACCAAAGAGCUGGAUCAGAUGCUGGGGGAUCUACACUGUGACAUAAGGGAUAUGGAAACAGCAGUUAUGGCCCAGUUACAGUCCACGGUGCUGCAGCGAAGUAAAUGUAUGUAUAAGGUCCUGUCGCUGUGUGCAGAGUUAGACUGUCUGAUCGCUCUGGCCCAGGUCUCCCAGGACUAUGGCUACUGCUGUCCUACUCUCUCUCCUCACAGUCGCCUGCUCUUCACACAGGCCAGACACCCCUUGCUGGAGCUGUGCAACCCAGUGUUUGUUUGUAACCCGUUCAGCAGUUCUGAAAAUGAAGGUAAAGUGAAAGUACUGACGGGACCCAAUUCCUCAGGCAAGAGUAUCUAUCUCAAACAGGUGGGACUGAUUGUAUUCAUGGCACUGAUUGGCUCUAAUGUCCCUGCGAAAGAGGCAGAGAUUGGCCUGGUCGAUGCCAUUUUCACACGCAUGCAGAGCCGUGAGUCUGUGUCCGUUGGCCUCAGUACCUUCAUGAUAGACUUAAACCAGAUGGCUAAUGCCUUGAACCACAGCACUGGUAACUCUCUGGUUCUGGUUGAUGAAUUUGGCAAAGGAACCAACACAGGGGAUGGCUUGUCUCUCCUGGCAGCAUGUUUCAGACACUGGUUGGCCAAACUGCCCAGUCACUGUCCCCAUGUUCUCCUGGCCACAAACUUCCACAGCCUGUUACAGCUGGACCUACUGCCUCAAACUCCACUGCUCUCCCUGCUGACCCUAGAAACAGCCAUUGAUGGAGAGGAGCUGGUUUACCUGUACCAGCUGAAGGAGGGUAUAUGUGAGUCCAGCUAUGCAGCCAACAUUGCCACUCUGGCCGGCCUGCCCCAUGCUCUGGUACAGAGAGGGGUCGAGGUUUCAGAGUUGUACAGACAGGGGAAGACUAUUAAAAGAAUUGAUCAGCCCUCCACUGACAAAGAGAACAACAGAUGCCUAAGCAUGGUGGAGAAGUUUCUUCAGCUUGACCUGGACGACCCUUCUCUAGACUUGCAGCAGUAUAUGAAAGAUGAGAUAAUCCAGGCCGUUGUGGCGUUGCUAUGA